AUGCCUCCCUCUAUGACUGAUUCAAUUAUCAUCGUUGGUGCUGGUGUGUUCGGCCUCAGCACUGCUUUGGAGCUGAAGCGCCGUGGCUACACUGAUGUCACCGUUUUGGACCGGUACAACCCUCCCGCUGUGGACGGAAGCAGUGUGGAUAUCUCUCGCAUUAUUCGAAUUGAUUAUGCCGAUCCAGUUUAUUGUCAAAUGGCCUAUGAGGCAUACCAAGGCUGGAAGACCGAGUAUAAGGAACACUAUUAUGAAUCCGGAUUUGCGCUUUUGUCCGAGACGUCAGAGAAUGACUGGAUUAUAAAGUCAGCGGCAACCGUGCGGGCGAAUGGCGGCACCGUUGAAGAUCUGGAUGACGCGACAAGUCUCCUCAAGUCCUAUCCGAACAUUCAAUCUAACUUGGCUGGUAUGAGUGGAUACCUUAAUCGCAGAGGUGGAUGGGCGGACGCCGCGGCAAGCAUCCAAAAGCUGGCAUCUCGUUGCAGUGUGGAAGGUAUCUCCAUUAUCACUGGCCCUCGGGGAAGCGUAGUAUCGCUUCUUCGCGAAGGAUCUCGGGUCGUGGGAGUGAACCUAGUGAAUGGGAGCUCUCUUCGUGCAUCCCAGGUCAUCCUGAGCACGGGGGCAUGGACAAGCCGCCUUCUGAACAUCACUCAUGCUGCAUCCUCGUCUGGACAGCCGGUCGGCUUCAUCCAGUUGACUCAGGAGGAAGCACGCUCUCUGGAUAACACACCAGUCAUGAUCAAUAUGACCACUGGUGUGUUCGUGUUCCCUCCGACACCUGGUAGCAAUAUCUUGAAGCUUGCGCGUCACGGAUACGGAUAUGCCAAUGAUGUGACUGUGGAGGUGGAGGGUGUGCGACGCACCAUUUCGUCGCCAAAAUUCGAUAGCAGUAACUCGGAGACCGGAUACCUGCCCGAGGAUGCUGAUGAGGAUCUGAGGAAGGGUCUGCGUCAGUUCUUCCCCAAAUUUGCGGACCGACCCUGGAUGAACCGCCGUUUGUGCUGGUACACGGAUACUCCCAAGGGUGAUUUCAUUAUCGACAACCAUCCCACUUUGGACGGCCUUUUCGUGGCUACCGGAGGAGCAGGACAUGGAUUCAAAUUCCUCCCUGUUCUGGGUAAAUACAUUGCAGACUGCUUCGAGAACAAGGCAUCCGAGGAAUUGCGGCAGAAGUGGCGACUCCAGCCGUCACCUCGCAAUGCACCUAAUGGCGACGGCAUGAAGGGCGAUGGAAGCCGGGCGGGUCCACCAUUGAGAAGGCUUACGACUAUGGAGAAGGCCAAACUGUAA